AUGUCCCCGCGCUUCCCUCACGGCUGGGCGCUGCCCCUCGUGAGGGACUGGAAGGCUUUUGUCAGUUGUGCUGAAGAUGACAAAGUUCCGAAAAUGUUGCGAAGAGCCCUGGCCCAGCUGUCGCUGAGCAGCAUGAAGUCUGCAAACGUAUGCAUCGGUCGUCCAGUCUUGCUUACCUCUGCGGGUGGGCGACAGGAGGUCUGUACUGCUUGGCCCACCACAGGCUUUCCAGGUGGCAAAGUUGGGCUGAGUGAAACCACGCAGAAGAACCUGAAAGUAAAUCCAGGUGAUGCUGUCACUGUGCAGCCUGUGACUGGUGCAGUCAUCCAGGCAGAGGAAGUCGAUGUAAAGUUGAGGGACAAAGAUGCCACCAUUAAUGCCGAGGAAAUGUCUGUCUGUCUACUGAGAAACCUAGAUGGGAAAAUAGUUUUACCAGGAAACCUCUUGGCUUUCACUUUCUAUGGCAAACUUUGUAACAUCAUGGUGAUGAAAGUGAAAGGAACUGAUGGUGCAGAACUGUCUGCCCCGGGCAGUGCCAUUUCCAGUGGUACGCAUGAGCCAGACCUUGAAAGAUCUGACUUGGAGAUGAGUACGUUAGAUUUGUCCUUCCAGCUUGGCAAGAUGGACAUUGAUGUUAGUCCAGAGGCUGCAUCUAUGAGCACACCAAGCAAACCGACGGAUCCAGAUUCACCAGUUACACCCAGUUCUGUUGUGGCAGCCAGUGGUCAAGACUCUGGUCAGGCAGGUAAAACCUACAGCAAGGGAGAUGGUGCAGACUUCACCGAUGACGAGUUGGCUGGGAAAGGAUGCAGCGAGGAACUCCCGGUAACUGGCAAAACUGGAGCAAUAAGCAAUACAGAUGUGUUUUAUUUCAUUUCUUCAAGAACUAGAAUCAAUUUUACUGAAACGAGGACCAGUGUAGCAGAAGACGGUGGUUGUGAAUCCCGAGUCACCUAUGAUAUGAUAGGAGGUUUAAGCAGCCAGCUCAAAACUAUUAGAGAAACAGUUGAAGUGCCCUUGAAGCAAGCUGAACUGUUCAAGAGUUACGGAAUCCCUCCUCCUCGAGGAGUGCUAUUAUAUGGCCCUCCUGGUACUGGGAAGACUAUGAUUGCCAAAGCCAUUGCAAAUGAGGUUGGUGCUCAUGUUACCGUUAUUAAUGGUCCUGAAAUAAUAAGCAAGUUUUAUGGGGAGUCUGAAUCAAGAUUGCGUCAGAUAUUUGCUGAAGCUUCUCUGCGUAGCCCCUCCAUUAUAUUUAUAGAUGAGUUGGAUGCACUCUGUCCAAAGAGAGAAGGGGCUCAGAAUGAAGUUGAAAAGAGAAUUGUUGCUUCAUUGCUGACACUAAUGGAUGGCAUUGGCUCAGAAGGCAGUGAAGGGCAGCUCUUGGUACUUGGGGCCACUAAUCGUCCUCAUGCACUGGAUGCAGCACUGCGCAGGCCUGGACGUUUUGAUAAAGAGAUAGAAAUUGGAAUUCCUAAUGCCCAAGACCGUCUGGACAUACUCCAAAAGCUUCUCAAGAAAGUUCCCCAUUCCCUCACAACAGCAGAGUUGGCACAACUGGCUGAUAGUGCACAUGGUUAUGUGGGUGCAGACUUAGCAGCCUUGUGCAAGGAAGCAGGUUUGUACGCAUUGCGAAGAGCACUGGGGAAAAGACCUAACCUGUUAGACAACGAGGUGGCUGGGUCAGUGACGAUUGCUUUCAAUGACUUCCUGCAGGGGAUGAAUGAUGUCAGGCCCAGCGCCAUGAGGGAGGUGGCAGUUGAUGUGCCAAAAGUAUCUUGGUCAGACAUAGGAGGACUAGAAGACGUCAAGCUGAAAUUGAAGCAGGCAGUUGAAUGGCCUCUCAAACAUCCUGACUCCUUCAUCCGAAUGGGGAUCCAGCCUCCAAAAGGUGUGCUGCUUUACGGACCUCCUGGGUGCUCAAAAACAAUGAUAGCAAAAGCUUUGGCUCAUGAAAGUGGUCUCAACUUCUUGGCAGUGAAGGGACCUGAGCUGAUGAAUAAAUAUGUUGGUGAGUCUGAACGAGCAGUGAGAGAGAUCUUCAGGAAAGCCAGAGCGGUGUCUCCUUCAAUUCUUUUCUUUGAUGAAAUAGAUGCCUUAGCAGUUGAAAGGGGAAACUCUUCAGGUGCUGGCAAUGUAGCAGACCGUGUCUUGGCUCAGUUGUUAACGGAAAUGGAUGGGAUAGAACAGCUGAAGGACGUGACAAUUUUGGCAGCUACAAACAGACCGGACAUGAUAGACAAGGCCUUGUUGAGACCAGGACGAAUAGACAGAAUCAUUUAUGUGCCAUUGCCAGAUGCAGCCACCCGUGGGGAGAUCUUCAAACUUCGUUUUCAGUCCAUGCCAGUCAGUGAUGAAGUCUGCUUAGCGGAGCUUGUUCAGCGCACACAGAAGUACUCAGGAGCAGAGGUAAAACUUUCUGAACGCCUUCUGCCCCCAAAACAAGCAGAACAACAAGAAAACCCGUUGAAAGGAAACUUGCAGUUUUAAACAAUUUUCCAGAUACCACGUUUUCCAAGUUCAAAUGGAGCUGGCAAAGGAGGCGGCCGGCCGGCAGAGAUUGAUCGCUGACUAUUCCAGGAACAGCUCGACUUUCUGUGCAGCGUGCUCGAUGCCACGGGCUUGCGUGCGCCUGACAGCGAGCGUACUGAAAGGCCUCGGGUCAGGAAAGCUGUUCACCAUGUGCUUCGCUUCAAAAACGAGGGCAAGUCCCUGCUCCUUCGGGAUGCUUUACGCUGA